AGAAGUUUAAAGAAUAUGAUUUUUUCUCGAUGUUUUAACAUUUUCUUAAUUACACUUUAACACAUACAUGCAAUUUGCAAUCAAGAAAAUGUUACUUUCAGUGACACUUUAGUGAAAUUUUAUCAAUGCUUUCAAAACGUAUAUUUUUCGGAUGUUGCGAAAAUUUCACGAUCGAUAUUUCAGAUGUAGCAAUCAAUGUAUGUAGCACAGCGUAUCUCAGAACUUUCACUUUACAAGGAGAAAGAACUGGAAGUAGUAGGGGAACUAAGAAAUUUAGACUGAGUUCUGAUACGAAUCUAGAAGGUUAGCGUACAGCGAUCAGUAUUAUCUUGUAAUAUUUGUUAAAUUGAUUAGUAAUUGGUUAACGAUAACGAUUAAUAAUUGUUUCAUCAAAAGAAACUUUAAUUUUACAUUAUUUUCAAAAUUUCUUACUAUUAAACAAGAAAACAAAUUUCACAUCUGGUAAUUUAUCAUGGCGAAUUUUUCCUCUUGGCUGACGAUGAUAGCGUUAACAACAGUUGCUAUCUUUUUUUUCACUCUAAUCGAUAAAAGUACAGCUAUACUCGCGGAACCUCAAGCACCUAAUUUUCAAUAUUUCGAACGACCAAAAUAUCGCUAUCCUUAUUAUGACGAAAAUGGUAAAGGAAAACUGCUCUAUGGUUAUGGUGGACCGGAAUUAUAUCAAUACAAAACUUAUAGUCUUCUUGAAGGAAUUCAUUAAAUGAUCAUUUUUGUUAAAUUCUUAGAAAAUUGAAUAUAAAAUAUCUGUAUACAUAUAACGUAACAUGUAUGAACAUGGUGUGAUUAAUUCAUUAAUAUAUUGAAACAUUAAUUCAAAUAUAUCUGUAUAAUGUAAUAUACGAGUAUCUUUUCGAUGGCACAAUUGAAUUAUGUUACUCGAAUAUAAAUUAGCUAUUAUGCUAUUUGAGGAAAUAGUAUAUUCGUUGUUGGUGCAAUUUGCAUUAUAUUACUUUGCUAUCGAAAGGAUACGUUCGCAAUCGUGGAAUUAAUAAGGAACAUUAUAAGAGCAUUUAUUUUCGUCGAUUACAACUGUAUAAUAAAUGCAAUCGAUUUGUGUAUGGCUGAUUUU